AUGGUUAAAGCAGCAUAUGGCCAGGUUAACUUCUUUUCAUGCAGGUUACUACGUGAGUCAGGAGUAUCCAACAACUCACACUUCGACCUCUUCGCCAACAACUUCCAGAUGCGCACAGAUUGGGGGCAUGUCGCCACUUAUCUCGCAGCUGUGAUAUCAAAAAAACAUCGUUACCGAAUACUACACAGCGGAUACCAAUCACUGCUCGAAGCCCAGCGCUAUCCAGAAGACUUCAACGGGAGAUACGCAACAGAACCUGCGCUCAACGAGACUGGAGUGACCACCUACGCUAUCACGAGCAACGUUUGCGCUGUGCUGCUGGAUAAGACCAACUUCACGCAAGCUGUCACGGUCAAUGAUGUUCAAGUUACUGAAGAGGCGGUUUUAGGUGCUUGUGGCGACCUUGGCGGCGUGGAAGAUGGAGUAAUAGGAUUCCUACGUUCGUAUCAUUUCAAGCUCGACAAUCUCGCCUGCUCUGCGCCCCAACCCACAAAUUCGGCGUGUCUGUCUGCGACUGCCCUCAGGGCUGCCGAGCUGCUCUAUACUGACUCUAUCAGUAGCAUAACGAAUCAACAACUUAAUGUGAAAGGUGUUUUACCUGGCUCUGAAUCGUCGUGGCCUGGCACAUAUGUCGCAACAACUGAAGGCGGGAAACUUGGCUAUUACGCCUUUGCUCUCAGAAUUUUGUCGCAUUAUGCCAUAAUCAUGACACAAGACAUGAGCGAUAUUUCCGUUGCACCGAACUUCGCACUCGAUCUCUAUCGUCGCUCCGAGAAACUGUGUGGUGCUACCACCAUAGGCGAAUGGUUUCGCUUCUUUGAGAUACCCGGUGUAACGCAUGGUCGUGGGAGUGUUGAUGCUGAGACGUUCUUUGAGCUGGAUUAUUUGGUGAAAUGGGUUGAGGAAGGCGAAGCACCGAACACCAUCGUAAUAAGGCUUCAAAUGCCGAGAUCAAGGGUUGGUGGAAACUUUGACCCUAGCUAUCGAGUCUAA